UGUAGUUGUUUCGACAUGAGAUCUACCGCCGUCUUUUUGCUUUUGCUGUUUAGUGCAGGCCGACUUGGACUUGCCAACGCCAGGCCGCCAACUAUGACGCAGUAUUUCCCACCACAGUAUCAUCCUUGGGCAAUAGAUGACAUUGACAUUCACGACGAUGACGAUUUGACUCGUGUGCUGCAGUCUGAUGAAGAUAGAACAUUUAUCCAACCAGCUAAACUGUCUUCUAAGUACGAAGCACUUAGAGAUAAACCUUAUGUAUCUGAAGAUGUCCGAUCUACUGUUUCAGAUUUCAGCAGAUUCAAAGGGGAUGGCGGAUACAAUCCUCCUGGUUUUGCUGACCUGAACAAGGUGUAUUGGUGGGAGAAGCGCUUCAAUAACAAUCACAUUAUCGCCCCUUCCAAAGAUAUCCCAUUCUUUGACGAUGAUGAUCCAAACGAUAUUAUCAUGAACAAAGGUUUUGUGAAGAAGCGUGACUACACCGCCGCGCAGUUGGUAAACAUGCUCAAGAACUUGGCUCGAGCAAGGAGGCAUCGAGUGAAUCACGUGGUAGGAAAAGGACUUAGGUUUGGUAUCAGCAAAUGAAUGCAGAAAGUCAUCCCUCAUCAUCUGUUCGUCGAAGAUAUUAUCAUUACGUGUCCACUUUGGUUUUAAAAUAUGUGUCACACAUCGUGCUUAGAAAACGGAUCGAACGACACUCCUGCGCAAAACUCACACCGUGAAAAUACAGACUGAAAGCGAGAAGGGCUUUUAACUUUUUUUUUCCAUAUUUUUAGCUAAUAAACUCAUUUUUAGUUGAAUUAGAAAUUCGUUGAAAAAUAGUUUAUUUCAUUAAGGAAUAACAAGCUCAAUGCAUGUAUUGUCCGUUUUCCGCGAGAAGGCACUUGACUCCGCCUUCGUCACGUAGUAUCCAAUGAUUCUAUUUCGCUGUUUUCGGCAGAAGCCAUAUUCGGAUCAUAGCCUUUUUCUCUUAAAAUCAGCAUUUUUUAAAAUGUACGAAUAACGAAAGUAGCAACACAUCAGUGACGCAAGUAAUGUAAAGGAUACUAAGACUUAUUUUGCACAUUAAAAUGCACGCCAAAGUUGAGGUUGUCUGGUUGUCUCAUUUACAAGCCGAGGGAUACGUUUACCAAUCACCCACGCGUAAAAUGGAACUCUGCGUUCGAGAAUGUGGGGCGAAGUGCCUUCUAGUGGAAAACGGACAAUCAUUGCGUAAGAAAAAUUGCGCCUGAAUCUCAGAGUAAAAUGGGCAUUGCUCACAUUGUGGCGAAGGUCUAGUAGAUUGUCGGACUAUAGUUAGACGUAAGUUUGAGAAGAUCACUCGCACACAUACACAAAGAAACUGUUCACAAUUCUUUAGACCAGUGGUGCUAAACCUUUUUCUACCCAAGGGCAGCACUCAUGCUUACACUUCUCGCAGGGCAGAACAUUGUAAAAUUUCAAAAUACUUUAAAUUGGUCCAAAUAAUAUGAGAAAAUAUGGAAAAGGGAAGAAAAUUAAUAAUCAAUAAUUGUUGCUAUGCUUCUCUUAUUAAAUGCAUCCGUUUUUCAGAGACCAAUUUCUGAAUUUUUGCUAAAAAGUUAUAACAUUGACAUUAAUCAUGCUUUUCUAUCUGUAACACAAACAAAGCAACGGGUCACACGGAUUAGCUUCGCGGCCGGUUGUGGCCUUCGAGCCGUAGGUUGGUUACCACUGCUUCAGUCUAAAAACUACAACACCUAAAAUUCUUUACAUUGAGCUUUCACAAGAAGUGUACACAAGUUUAUGCAGUGAAGAGUUUUUCAGGCGGUGGCGAAUAGCAAUCAAGGAUGUUUUUUGCAGGAGUGUCGGUAUGUAAGUGUGAUUGUUCCUGUACACCAGCAAUUUGUGUCUUCAUUUUGUUUUCAUGUCAUUCAUCUUUUUAUUAACGCUACUUGCUUGAACUUAACAAAAAAAAAAUGUUCUGGUUAUAUACGGGACGAAAGUACGAGAUGAAAAUUUGUACAUUAUUUCAAUUUAUUGCAUGAAACUCGAAAAAUAGAGAUAAAAAUAUUUGUUGUUGUGUUGUUGCAUGCCCCCAUGGUCAGCAGUGCUAGACCAGGUCCAUGAGUUUGUUUACCCUCAAGAAAUCCAGCACCGUCACUGGGUCUUCAGUCAAAUCCCUCCUGGAGAGCCCCAGGCAUGACAGUAUAUAGUCAGGCGAAGCUUGCUCAACGGAACAUUUGGAACAAGUCUGAAAGGUCUUCGAGUCCUUCGAAAAUUUUAAAGUUUUAAGAUGUCCACUACGAAAACGGGCAAGAGUUGUUUGUUCCUGUCUGUCAAACCCAGGGGUCAGGGAGGCACCAGGUUGUGAACACCUGUACCAACGGUGUUCUGGCUGGACAAUCCAAGUGAUAUUAUCCCUGAGUUUAAUCUUUGAGUGGAUCUCCUGAAAGGUGAGUGAUGCCGUUGGCUCUGAGACCAAAGCAGCACCAGCUUUCGCCAAGGUAUACGCGAUCUCAUUACCCUCUACUUCCACAUGGAUCCACUGCAUGUAAAUUUGAUGAGAGACAGAAAGUUGUAUUAGUUUGUUGUGAGUAUUGAAACUCCUACACUAUCUCUCACACUUUGCCAUCUGAUCAGGUGCUGUAUUGCGCUUCUGCUAUCAGAAAGAAUCCAAAUUUAUAUUCACAUAUAUAAAAACUGUUUCAUGAAUAAAACUUGUUUCUUUUUCUCCGACAUAGGAGCAGAAGACAAAAUGAUUUUCUCUUUGUUAAAAAAAUAGCAGGGAAAAGUAGUUUUCCUUUAUUUAUAUGCAAAAUUAUGUUUCUAAUUGUUGACUCUUUUCUAACUUCAUUUUAACCUCUUCUUUCAACUUACUACUUCAUGAACAAUUAUUAUCUAUCCCCCUCCCCCCUCUCAUGUCUUACAUACAGCAAAAUUAUACGAAUGUCCAAUUAUGUCCUUGUAUUUGCUCUUGUCUUCUGUUUGACGCUUAGAUCGAGCUCGAAAUUUAGCUUAAAUUUUUAACUUUUUAAUUUGAAAUAGCACACUUUGAAUGAUCUUAUGGUAGCAAUUGUGGUUGAUUUCUUAAUCAUGUGUAAAAGCAAUUUAUUUUUAAAUCGAAACUUUCUUUUUAAAAUUAAAUAAUUGCCUCAAGUAUUUCGAACCAAAGGUACGACGCAUGAGUAAGAAAAAAUAGAGAGAAAAUGGUAACUAUUUUGAAAUCACAGUUUCCAUUAUCAUUAUUAAAAAAUUUAAAAGUCAAUGAUCUAUUGACUUUCAAAGUUUUUAAUAUUCAGAAUAAGUGUGACAGCAGGACGUCGGAAUCAGUUGUGGAGUCGGACUGAUUUUGAGGUUAAGGAGUCGGAAUCAGCAAUCGGUGGCUUUAAAAAUCUAAGAGUCUUUGUCGGUCACCUUCCGAGUCUAUAGCUCUGUUUGGGCUAUGGAGUCAGAGUAGGAGUCAUAGAGUCGGACUGAUUUUAUGUUAAAGAAAUUGAAGUCGAAGUCAAAGACUCUAAAAUUCUCGGCGACGAAGUCGGAGUCGGAUUUGACCAUUAUCUCUCCGACUCUCAGCCCUGCGUGUCAGGCACUUAGACGCAAAGGGGCGUAAGUAAAUUUAAAUUUGGUGCUAACUUUUGAAAUUGUUAGAAAAAAUACCCAUUUGUUUUGUGGCAAACAAACUUCUGUUUCCCAAAUAUCCGUUAUUUGUCCGAGCGCAACAGUUAAAAAGUAACAUUGAUUCCAGGAAAAAUGAUGAGAAAAUUUUCACACCAGGCAAUGGUGCUUGCUCAGUGCCUAAUAAGGAAUUAUUCUCUAUUAAAUUUUGCAAAAUCAUCGUUGACAACAGUUGAAACAGCGAGAAGCAAAUAAUGUAACCUAACUGAGAAAAAAAGGGCAUUAGUGUAGUAGAUGGUUCUAGUUAUCUACUUACUCAAUAGAUGGCGGCGCAAAGAUCGAUUAUUCUUUAUACGUAGAUUAAGUGACUCCAACUCUUGAGUGAUUAGAUAACUAGAGUUGUAGAUCAUCUGCUGCAGUGAUGCAAGAAAUAAAUAAAUAAGAAUUAAAAUUAAAUACAAAACCAACGACCUUAAAAAUAUUUAUUAUAUACUAUGCAUUUCAAAUAAACGUCAUAAAGUGUACAAAAGAUCUUAUGAAUUUCAGUUUCGAAAUGUACUGGAUAUAGAACCUUUGAUGUUUUGUAAUGUGUAAUAUCAGCGAGGCUAUUUCUUUCAAAAAAGAAAAAUUACAUGAUCUUGGAAUGUAUUUAUUUUCACAUACGUCAUAUUGAUGAAUGUCACUCAUUUUAGUGUAAAAUUUUAGAAAAUGUGUAUAAAAUAUCAAGAAAUGUAUCAUUUCAUGCUAUUGUUGUGUAUAGAUAGUAUUUAGCAAGUUGUUUUUACCUUCGUGUUAUUUAUUUACUCAAAAUGUUUAUAGUGAUGUUGUACGUAAUGUUU